UGUCUGUUCCUUAUAAAAAUGAUACAACUGGGUGAAGAAAAAAUGAUUUAUGAUGGUUUCCUUAUAAAAAAUCUGACGUCAAUUUUGAAGCAUUUAUCAAGAUUGAGUCAAAAACAUUUACGAUAUACAGCAACAUUGGCAGGCCUAACUAUUACGACAGCAUUAGCAGACAUUGUGGAAACAAUGAAUUUGGAAAUUAAUCGCUUAUCAAGACGAAUUGAGAAUUUAAGUAGGAGGAAUCAAAGUCAUUUGGAAUCCUUGCAUGAAAAAAAUACAGAAUUAAUUGACAAGCAAGCAGAACUGGAAAUGAUGAUUAAUUCCCUAGUCGAAGAUAUUUUUUUAAAAAGAAUCGAAGAUUACGUACCACAGAUACGCAGUAUCUGUGUAUACGAAUUGGGCCGCUGGAUGGAAACACAUCCAAGGCAAUUUUUAAAUGACGAAAAUUUGGAAUUCAUCGCAUGUUUAGUGUGUGACAAGGAUUAUUCAGUUCGAGAACAAUCUCUGGAAGCAUUGAUACCUCUAUAUGAAAACGAUAAGAUAGCAAGAGAAUUGAAAUUAUUUACACAGAAAUAUAAAGAUAGACUUAUAAGUUUAACUUGUGACAAGAGACCUUUCAAUCAAGUGAUUGCCAUUAAGCUGGUCACUGUUAUGUUCAGGUCAUAUCGUGACCUCUUCACUAGAGAAGACGUAUACAUGGUUUUCAGAAUGGUACUCAAUUCCAACCGUAGAGUUGCAGUGACUGCAGGUGAAUUUUUAAAUGAUGUCAUUGAGAGAGUGGAUGAAGAAAAUAAUUCAGGCUCUCUAAAACGUGCCGGAUUUAAUGUACGAUGGCUUCGAUAUAUUGUAACUUCCUUUAUUAAAUUGGGGCAUUUAGAUCUGGUUCCAUAUCUAGUGGAUGCCCUUAUUGCAAAGUUUGAAAUAAUAAAAGAUUGGGAAAUAAUGAUACAUAUUCUCACACAAACCGAUGAUCUUUUGACCCCAAUCGAGCAAGAUGUUCUGACUGAAAUGAUGUUAUGGUCUGCAAGAUUGGCAACUACUGGAGAAUAUCCAUGGGAUAGAGCAGUUGAUAACAUGGUCCCAAGUUCAGAAGAAAUAAAGCAAAUGAAGGAAGACAAAUCAAAUAUGACGAAACAUCUGAUGCCGGUGAUACCAAUUCUGUUGGCUCAGUUUAAAAACAAUGUGAAUUGUUUAAUCAAUUUAAUGGAAAUACCCCAAUACUUCGACUUAGAAACUUACACAAGUGAAAUGGAAGAUCUGCAUUUAAAAAAAUUAUUAAGCGCAUUAGAAGACAUCGUCAGGGAGACGACAAACGCAAAUCUAUUACGUAAGUGCAGCAAAACUUUACAUUGCCUAUAUAAAAGGGCAAGCAUUGCUGCAGAAUGCGAUGCCGUCGGAUAUACCAUUGUCAAAGAAUGCGCCUACAUAUAUAUGGAGCCAUCACUAACAUGGCAAAGUAUUGUGGAUGGGCAAAUGGAUCCAAAAGAUGCAAACAAAGAGGAUUAUCUUCUAAUUGUAAAUUGCCUGAAGAAAAUAGCCAUUUUCUACUCCUUACAUAACGUAAAUUAUUUGAAUAUAUACGAUGAUCUUUUAGAUGAAUUUCAAGUGUAUAGGGAUGGGGUCAUUCAUAGAAAUCUUCCUAUUGAGGGAUCAAUAUACUGCCUAAUUUCCUGCGGUGCAUAUUUAUCGUGGGAAUUAAAGGCACUAAAAGAACUGAAUGAUAUGGUACUGGAUUGUAUGGUACGAGCCAAGGUACUAAAGCUAAAAUUAAAAGAAUAUUUUGAAAUUUGCAAAGACAUCGUUCAAAAUGUCAUUUAUGAUGAUCUGCACAAAGCUGCUUUGUGUUCAAUUUGUGAUAUGGCCGCGAAUUUCCAUCGAGAGCUGGGCAACCAUCGAAACCAAAUAAUUCACGAUUUAGUUCUACAUCUCAGCUCGGAUGACAUCACACUAAUAAAUAAAUAUACAGAAGAGUAUGUUUUCAUAAAACAUUGGAAAGUAGAACUUCUAAUGCAAGGUGCCAACAAAAAGUGUGAAAUAGAAAGAAAUCAAGUGAGAAUUGUCUGA